GAACAGCGAGCAGGAGAAAUCACGAAGAAGACGGGAAAGGGAAAAUGGAAAGCAAAGAGAAGAUCCGAAUCGCUUUGACAAUCGCUUGUUUCGCAGCAAUCUCCAUCUUGUUCACCGCACGGUACCGGAAGCACCGAAAGCAAAGGCAACAAUCUCAAACCACUUGCUAUCUGAAAACAGAAACAAAGCCUCAGAGCGCUUUCAAGCGAGUGUUGGCCGACAACUCCUACGCCCCGUUCAGGCACCUCAACUCCGAAAACGACGAGAAUUCGAGUGUUGAACACCCGUACAAGGCGGAGAUCGAGGCUUUGUUGAAGAGAGCUCGUGUGGAAUUCGACUUCGUUGGUGAUGGAAAUGUGGACUUGAAGUUGAGUGAUUCAUAUGUUUGGAUUGAAACGGAGUCGCAGUUACGAGAACUUGCCGAUUUGCUGAGUAAAGAGAGAGUGUUUGGUGUUGAUACUGAACAGCAUAGCUUGCGAUCCUUCUUAGGGUUUACAGCUCUUAUACAGAUAUCUACUCAGACGGAAGAUUAUCUGGUGGACACGAUAGCUCUGCAUGAUGUAAUGGGUAUUCUUCGUUCUGUUUUUGCCAAUCCUGAAAUUUGCAAGGUGUUUCAUGGGGCAGACAAUGAUAUCUUAUGGCUGCAAAGAGAUUUUCACAUUUAUGUUGUUAAUUUAUUUGAUACUGCAAAGGCUUGUGAGGUGUUAUUGAAACCCCAGAAAUCAUUAGCAUACUUACUGGAGACAUACUGUGGUGUUGCCACAAAUAAACAAUUACAGCGUGAAGACUGGAGACAGCGUCCUUUACCAGUAGAAAUGGUGCAAUAUUCUCAAAUGGAUGCUCAUUAUUUGUUGUAUAUUGCACAUUGUCUUGCUUCUGAGCUGUUACAACUUGGCAGUGAAAAUUCAGCUUCUGCCGAUGACAAAUUCCGUUUUGUUCUCGAGGCCAGCCGGCGUUCAAAUGCAAUUUGUCUGCAACUUUUCUCCAAAGAGAUAGAAGUUUCCCCAGGAGAGUCUGCUGCAGCAUCAAUUAUUUCCCGUAAUUUGAAUGAUCAAGGAGGUCUUUCAUUGCGUCCAUGUGACACCCAGUUUCAGGAUCUCGUGAGAUGCUUGUGCAUGUGGAGGGAUUUAAUGGCACGCAUUCAUGAUGAGAGCUUGAGAUAUGUAUUAUCUGAUCAUGCCAUUAUUGCCCUUGCACAUAAAGUUCCAGCAUCUGAAACAGAAAUUUAUGACACCAUAUCCCAAGCUGAUCUAAACAUUGAUUCCCCAAAUAUUGUUUCUUCUCUCCAGUCUCCAUCACCUGUUGUUUGCAGUCACUUAGAAGACUUCAUUUAUUUGUUUGAAGAUGAGGUUAGGAACUUGGAAGAUAUUUUUCAAUUGAUUCUUCAAAACCACCUGGGUCCAAGUGGGAGCUGUCCACUGUCUGUUUACAGUUAUGCUUUAUUGUCUAGGACCAACCUUAAAUUAGUGAAUAGGUUGGUCUCCAAACAAAACGGAUUUAGAAAUGCAAAACAGAUUGGUAAGAAGGCAUCUCGGCAGCUGUUUGUUCAAAAAUUUUCUUGCAAAUCUCCUGUUUACCAUAACUGUAGGAUCUAUGCAAAUGAUGGACGCUUGCUGUGCUAUUGUGAUCGUAGAAAGCUUGAGUGGUAUCUUCGUAGAGAUCUAGCGAAACUUCUUGAUGAGAAUCCACCUGCUAUUAUGCUUCUAUUUGAACCCAAGGGCCGUCCUGAAGAUGAGGACAACAACUUCUAUAUUCAGAGUAAGAAAAAUAUUUGUGUUGGCUGCGGUGAAGGCAACCACUAUUUACGCUACCGAAUAAUUCCGUCAUGCUACAGAGUGCACUUUCCAGAGCACAUGAAAAGCCAUCGUUCUCAUGAUAUUGUCUUACUUUGUGUUGACUGCCAUGAAAUUGCUCAUGCUGCUGCUGAGAAGUAUAAGAGACAAGUUGCUGCAGAACUUGGAAUACCUCUUUUUGUUCGUAAGGUAGUUGAUUCGAGACAAGAUGAAGAUGCUUCUGAGUCAUCUGUGUCUCUUGAGGAGGCAGGUGUGUCUCCUCUACAGUUGCGAACUGCUGCAAUGGCUCUCCUGCGCCAUGGUUCUAAAAUGCCUUCACAACGUCGUGAAGAACUGAUGCAGAUUGUCAUGCAGUAUUAUGGAGGGAGGGAAAUAUCAGAGGAAGAUUUGGAAAGAGCUUUGCUAGUUGGAAUGAGUCCUAAUGAGAGAAGACGGCUUCUAAAAAAGAAGGAACGAGCUUUUAAAAGGUCUACUAGAGUUAUUAUUCCAGAGGAGCAGGAAACUCAUGAUGGCGUGGCAAUGUCUGCCACUGUGGAUACAUCAAACCUCAAUGACAUAGGCAGUUUGGAUGCUGCUACUGGAAAACCAUGCAGCAAAGAAGCCAGUGAACUUUUAGGUACUAACGAUGCGGAUGAAAGCAGCCUCUCCUCAUGUCCUGAUUUAAGCAUUAAUGGAGAAAUCUUAUCUGCUGAUUACAAGGACAUCAACUUUGACAGCAGGAGAAUUUCUGAGAUUAAACACAUCUCCAAUUUUGAUACUGUUGUUGACGAAAAUGGAAGUCCAAAGCCCAAGACAGUAAAUACAGUUCAAUCUGUAUCUAAUGGAACUAUCACACCUAAACAUAAUUCCAAGCUAUCACUUCUGGGGCAUGGACCACACGGGAAGCAAGUUGUGGAUCACCUAUUGAAUGAAUUUGGGGAAAAUGGAAUUCGUCAAUUCUGCCAGAAGUGGAGACAAGUCUUUGUUGAAGCUAUUCAUCCCCGUUUCUUGCCUUCUGGCUGGGAUGUAAAUCACAGCGGAAGGAGGGACUUUGGAGAGUUCAGCGUGUAUAAUCCUGCCAAGAAAGCUUCUGCUAAUGCUUAACGCGCGGAGACAAAUUCCUGCAACAACUUUAUCGACGGUGUUGAAAGGUAUACUAGUCUCUUUCUUUCUUUUCUAGUUGAUCAGGGAGACGACCAAAUUUAAAGUUUACCAUUUUUCUUGCAACGUUGUUUCAAUCCUGUUAAGUCUCUCUUGUAGCUCAACAAGGAUUAGUCAGUUUUGGAGUUUCUUCAAGAAGCGAUAAACCGUCCUCACUUUUAGUUGUAUCUUAAAGACGUCCGUAGUCAAAGAGUGACUUAAAAAGUUUCAGUUCAA